UCUUCUUUUUUUUUUUUUUUUUUUUGGCAAAGGCUCUUUUCAUCUGCAAACGCUCUCCCCUCCAUUUUAGUGGCAAACUCCUUUUCCGCCGCUCGUUAUCACUUCUCCCCGGGUCAUCGCCCGGCUGACAGUAAAGGAGCGGACCCACUGUUUUCCAGACCGCCCCGAACAGCUCCUCUUGUCUUCCCACUGAAGCAUAAGUUAUUUUACCGACACAGGGUGCGUUACACAACCAGGUCGUCAAGCAAAAUAUAAACGCGUGUUCAUAGGCGGUGCUGAAAAACGCAUCUUUUAUCAGACACAGGGAGGAGCAGCUGCGUCGCAGAGAGGACAAUGAUACGAACAUGAUCAGCGCCGAUGGCUUCUCAAAAUGCGAGGCGACUCUGCAAGAGAGAGGAAGGAGGAGGCCACUCGCAGAGAUGCUCCAUCUGCUCUCAGCUGUCAUCGUUUGGCUGGUGACUGGCACCACUAUAUCCAGCCUCAACAAAUGGAUAUUUGCAGUUUACAACUUCAGGUACCCUCUGCUGCUGUCAGCACUGCACAUGUUGACAGCCAUAGUGGUGGACUAUGGGCUUAUCAAACUGCGGGUAAUCCGCCAAAGAGGGGCUGCUGAUCAGGACCUGACCCCCAGUGCAAAAUGUAAGGUGUUCCUAUUGAGUCUGACAUUUUGUGCCAGUAUCGCCUUUGGAAACAUGGGUCUGAACUAUGUCCAGCUGUCAUUUGCACAAAUGAUCUACACUACCACGCCACUCUUUACUCUCGCCAUCUCUACUCUGAUCCUCGGAAAACAGCAUCACAUCAUCAAAUACACAGCCAUGAUGCCCAUCUGCCUGGGUGCAUCCUUCAGCAUUAUGGGAGAAGUCCAGUUUGAUCAGACCGGCUGCUUCUUUGUGUUUGCAGCAACCAUGUUGAGGGGAGUCAAGUCCAUUCAACAGAGCAUUUUACUCCAGGAGGAGAAGAUAAACUCUGUGUUUCUGCUCUACCUGAUGUCCAUUCCUAGCUUCUGCAUCUUGGCAGUGGCCGCUCUGGCUUUAGAAAACUGGGCUUUGCUGGAGUCACCUCUGCAUUAUGACCUCCACCUAUGGGUCUUCAUUCUGCUCAGCUGCCUGGGCUCUGUCAUGUACAACUUGGCCAGCUGCUGUGUUAUCACCCUCACUUCGGCUGUCACUCUGCAUAUCCUUGGCAACUUGAACGUGGUGGGAAACUUGUUGUUGUCUCAGUUGCUUUUUGGCAGUGAGCUGUCUGCCCUCAGCUGCGCCGGGGCAGUGCUCACAUUGUCUGGCAUGCUCAUUUAUCAGAACUCUGAGUUUAUCGUUGGCUACCUGGAUGCACGCAGAUCUAAAGCUGAAGGGUCAGAAGAGGUGGGUUUUCACACUGAAAACGAAGAGGACUCGGGCAAAGCUGAGGCAUCUGAAAUCCCAAAUCAUCAGGAGAGGGUUGGUGGGAAACGGGAAGAUAAAAUGGACUGAAGUAUACAUAUGAUGGAGGAAAAACAAAACUAAAUGCACUGUAAUUAGUGUCCCCUGUCUUUUAAGCUGUUAUAUGGUCAAGACCAGCAGGAGUGUGACCAUAAAAAGUCCUCACUGUGCCAAUAAAUUUGUCUUCUGGUUACACAGAACUGCAGUCUGCAGAGUGGGAAAAGAUUGCCUUUAUGUUUCAUAAUGACUAGUAACAUCAGCUGUUAAUCUGUAAACCACUCCUAUAUAACCUACUGCGGUAUAUGCAUGCAUUAGCACACUGAACUGUUUGAUACCUCACAAGGUAUUCACUCCGUCACUCAUACUACUCCACUGUGAAAGUGUUCUCAACUUCAGAGGGCUCUAAUCAUCAUUCUGGGUGGCUAUUGUGAAUACUGAGAGUGGGUGGGGCUUAGGGAGCCCCCCCUCCAAAUCUGAGCAGGCACAAUUUGUAUUAAGAAGAUAUACUUAUGGUACUGUUACCUGAUAUUCACCUAGCCCUGUCAUUGUAAGGGACUGGGUUUUUUCGGCAGCUUUUAUUGUUUGUAUGUAAAGUCGGAAGCUGAUGUUUUAAGCCUGAAACUUGCAGUGAUGGACAAAGCUAACGUUCUGUGUUAUGUGAAGCCUCUUUUUCUUUUCUGAAGCACGUUUUUCACAAGAGGCCUGAGCUUCUGUGUCUUGUUCCCCACUAUGAACUUUGGUGUGACUUCCCUAUAAGGCCUAGAUUUUGUUCUCACAUCAACCUGAAAAGACUGUCCCAGUAGAAUUAGUCCAAUUACUUCCUAUCUUUUCAAAUGGUAUGCUCCUCUCCAUGCCGCAUACCUUGAUAAUUAGUUUCGCAAGUUCCCUAAGGAGUGUCACUCAACUUUAGCCACUUUAUCCCAGUGGAAGAGAAUAAGAAAAAGGAGAUUGAUUUGUUCCUUAAAGUCUCUCUUCUUUAACCCCCACCUUCAAACCAAUGACAUUUUUUAUAUGUUGGAAAGUAAUAUAAAAAAAAUCUGAUAUAUGGUAGCUACAGGUUUCCCAUUAAAUCCAUUAGGUAAAUCUGUCCACACCUUUCACUGGUAGUGUGUGUUUGCAUGAGCAGCAAUAUUAAAAUGAGGCCAUAUUCUAAUUAUGGGGUUUAUGUGUGUUUUGAAAAUAUUGAAUUCAUUGUUCCAUUUACUUUACUUCCUCCUCCACCACACCAAAGCCUUUAUUGCAUCCGUUUCUCUCAAAACAUGAAGAUUUACUGGGCUUUCUCUCUUGUCUCAAAAGCGUGUCUUUGUUUCAUCCCUGCAGUGACCCUGAUCUGAACCAACUCUGCUGGAGUUUAGGCCAUGUGACUGUAAACAGUAGUGCACGUUGCACAAUGCAGUAUGUGGAAUAUUGCUGUGCAUGCAAACAUAGCCGGUGUUGCCUCUCUCAGUAUUUAGAAAGUAUUUUGUUUACAUAGUUUUGGUUUUCAACAAAUCAUUGAUGAUUAUGUGGAUUUUUUUUUUAAAUCAGGGCCUUAGUAAUGAAUGGCUUUAAAUGCUUCAUAUUUUGGUACUCGAGUGUUUUGUAACUGUAUGAUAAAUGACAGCACCAGUCUCUCCUGUAGCUGUCCCAUAAGAGAAAAGAAAAGGCAGAAGGCAGUUAAAUUGCAAGUUACAUGUCCUCCAGCAUGUUUGGUAUGCCAAAUGUUUACUCUUUGUUUGUUUUGUUUUUAUGUUCUUGUUAUACAGGUUCUGUCAGUGACCACACAUGUUCAUUGAUCACUUACUCAAGUUCUCACAACAUAACAGCAUUUUCUUAAAUCCCCAGUCAACUGAAAACAGUUGUAUGUAUGGUUUUAUUGGAUUUGUUUCAUCAUUUCAUCAGUUACACAUUUAAAGAUUAUGUAUGUUACAUAGUCCCAAUUUUUUAACAUGAAUACCUUAACUAUUUAAUAGUGUGUGCAAUGUUUUCAUUCAUUGUUAACUAUUAGUCCAAGAUCAAGCAGCUUCUCAACAUCUGUAAGGACUAUAAUAAUGCUGCAUACCCAUGCUUAAAUAAUUUUUUUUCAGCAGAGAAAUCUGAUCAAUUAACAUUACGAGGAAAAAAAACAUUUCAUAUAUAUUGUCAUGAUGAUCUGAACCCUUUUUGUAACAAUCUUAUUGAUCACAGUCUUGUAUCAGUUGGCAGGUUUGAAUGCUUCUGAUGAAUAUCAUGCUGAGUGUCAGGAGAUGCUGUUGCACUGACGGUACGAAAAUGCUGCCUUCAAAGAAUGCGGUCCAUUUGUACUUUUUUUUUUUUUUUUGCAUCGUUAGAGAUUGUUUGUAUAGCGGUUUGGAUGUAAAUAGUAUUUUAUUAUAUUUAUGUAUUUUGUAGUCAUAUUUGGCUGGUUUAAGCUAUACUGGUUCAAGAAUGAAACAUUUGCCUCAUGCCUUAUUUGGACAUAAUGUAGACGAAAAAGGAGUGAUAUGAAUUUAUCAGUUUAUACUCUCAAAACUACAUCUGCUUUUGUAUUGAGGCAAAAAUAUAGAUUUAUGGUUCACAUAAAUCUGAUUUGCUAUUGCUUGAAAAAAAGGAGAAAUUGGACUAAAGUAACAAAUAAAAAAGGUACUUCAC